GGCACACACAACACACCACAAAAAAGACCUCUCGCAGCUUUCGUCCCGUCCGAAGUCCCUCCGCCCAUUCCCAAUUCCCAAAUCCACAGCCGCAUUCAAGGAUUCAGCCUCGAUUCGAUCGGCGAACGGCUCGCCAAGGCGACCGCGCCGCGCCGCGCCGCUCGUGCUGCUCACUCGAUUCGGUCGUGUGUGCGCUAGGAAGUUCGUCAUACGCCUCGUGAUUUUUCGUUCAUGUUCUGUUUUCCUGUGCCCCGUUUACCACUCUAAAUCUUAGUUAGCUCGCUCGAUCUGUGUAGGUAUGUGGGUUCUUCUGGUUGGUUACGCGUGUACGCAUAUGAUGAUUAUUACUAACCGCUUUGAUUUUGGUUAUGUUGAUUGAUUGCCUUGUUUGGUUGUGUCGACCAAUUGCUUGAUUUGGUUGUGGUGACGUAAUUUUUUGGUUCAGUUUGGCUUGCUCGUCAAUUGGUAGACUGGUGGUUACUGUUUGAUAGGGGAAACUAGAGGAUUUCAAUAUCCACAAUUCGAUUCAAGUGCUGCAUGUAUUUGAUUCAAGCCCUGUUUUAGGGGUUAGAGUUGCAUCUCCCUUUCUAGUUGUGAUGUUUCCUCGGUUCCAGUUACUGAAGCAUGGGGAUCAUCAUUUCAACAAACCAUAUCAGUGGUCUAUAUACAUCCGGACGAUGAGGAAGCAUUCACUGUGCAAUGGGCUCAUGUUAUUUCUGGAUUUCCCUGUUCAUACGUCAUCUGUUUCUCGCAACUUAUGCCCCUCUUCAUCACAUUCUGUGCUUUCCUGACUAAUCAAAACUGCUCUGGACACUGAAUACACUGCAUUUGCUUCGUCUCCUUGUGCCAGAAACGGUGCCCCCGUUUUGAUUCAACUCUUAUUGUGCCAAAGGCAGAGAAGGAAUUUUCUUCCGAAUUAAAGAAAACAAUGGAUAUAUUGUGACAGCGUACUGUAGGAAAAUCAUCACUCGUCCUGACAAGUACCUUUAGGCAUCCUAGCUACAGAGGGGAGAUUGGAGAAGACAGAAAUUUAUUGGUUGCGCUCGUUGGUUACUAAUCUUCUUUACUCCUUAGCAUAGAGUUGUGGAAGUGUUUCUCUUAUGCAGGUUCUGUCAAGGGUCUCACGUCACUAGUUCGAGACUGAGACGAUCCUUGUUCAUAAGGAAAGUGUAGGUAGGUUUGGCUACAUUUCAGGUACAAACCAGUGAAGUCUUAAGUAGAACACUGGCUUUCUCCAGAUGUUCCUGAUUGGGGAAUUAAAGGAAGUUUAGUUUAUUUAUGGAUUUAUUUAUGGAUAUUGUUUUAACCAAAGUCUGGACAAGUUUCUUCUACUGAAGAUGAAGCCAGUUGCCGCUGGAGGUAGGCUUCCUUGUAAUCUAACGUCUUAAGGAACCUUUCAGUUUUAUAAAACAUACACGGACGGUACUAGCUAACACGUCAAAACCUUAUCACGAAACCAUCCCACCCCUUUCACCUUUGUUUCCUGGCAUUUGAUCCUAUUACGUGUUCCUCUUGCCACAGAAUGGGGGCCGGCACCACUGUAGAGUUGAUGCAGAUGGAUCACUGUGUACAAAUUGCUUGGAAACUCUUCUCUGGAUGGAUAUCAGUUGUGUACUUUCUUUUUUCACAGCUCACUGUCCAGCUAGUUUGUGCUACCUGUUAUUGUUUGGUGAUCAAACUAUGGGGAUUUUGCUGAUUGGAGCUGUUCGGCGUUGCUAUGGUCUUGUGUUGAUACACCUGAUCUUCAGCAGUAUACAGCAACUCAGAACUGCAUGCAGUGGUUUCCUCCUUUUAUAGGAGCUGUGGCUGCAUUCUGUAUUGAGAACCAUCCUGCUAAAUGCAUACUGCUUGCAGGUAUUUCUGUUGUGUCCGCGACGUGAUAUAUUUAGCAGUACAAAACAUUGUGCAUGGGUGCCAUGGACGUGCAGCUUGAGUCUGUUGCUAAGCUAAAUGUGGAGGUACUUGCCCAAGGCUCUUUGUUAUUCGACGGGAAUCAUACAGCACAGAAGAUCAAUGGUUUUAACACUGAUGAUCGUGAGAGGUUUGAGAAAGGAUCAAUGAAGUAUGGGUGUGCGCAUUACCGAAGGAGAUGCCGUAUACGGGCACCAUGCUGUAAUGAGAUUUUUGAUUGCCGUCACUGCCACAAUGAAGCGAAGAAUUCGAUUGGAAUUGAUACAAUGAGGCGACAUGAAAUUCCACGCCAUGAAGUGCAGCAGGUCAUAUGCUCCCUGUGUGGCACUGAACAAGAGGUACGGCAAAUAUGCAUCAAUUGUGGUGUAUGCAUGGGGAAGUAUUUCUGCGAAGUUUGCAAACUCUUUGAUGAUGAUGUCUCAAAACAGCAGUACCACUGCCAUGGUUGUGGAAUAUGUAGAAUUGGUGGCAGGGAGAAUUUUUUUCACUGCUCAAAAUGUGGAUGCUGUUAUUCUACAGUGUUAAAGAAUAGUCAUUCAUGUGUUGAAGGAGCGAUGCAUCAUGACUGUCCAAUCUGCUUUGAGUACUUAUUUGAGUCGACAAAUGAUGUAUCUGUCUUGCCGUGCGGUCACACGAUUCAUGAAAACUGCUUGAAAGAAAUGGAGGAACAUUGCCAGUUUUCAUGCCCGCUCUGCUCCAAGUCAGUGUGUGACAUGUCAAAGGCAUGGGAGAGACUAGACAUGGAACUAGCGAGCCUGUCAGACUCCUGUGACAAUAAAAUGGUCCGUAUAUUAUGCAAUGAUUGUGGGGCAGUAUCAGAAGUGCAGUUCCACUUGAUUGCGCAUAAGUGCCAGAAUUGCAAGUCAUACAACACCCGGCAAAUUUGAAGUAGUGAAGCCUCGAGAGGAUUGACGUUCUGCAGCUGGCACCUAUGUUACCUUUCUUGAGGUUGCUGAGGGCUCUCCGGCAGUAGGAAUUCACUGGGAUUGUGUGCCACGGAUCCCUAGAUUUUUCGUCUGUGCUCUCUAUUAUUAGCUGUUGUUCUUGGUUGUGUCUCCGGGGUCUUUUUGCCCCGUUUCUUCUAUUGUUCAAAGUGUAACCCUCUCCUGAGUCGAUUCAAGCCCUGCGUAUUCUCAUGGUAAUUUGGUAUGAUCGUGUUACA